CUCGGCCGUGCACAAGGGCCAUUUGUUUGUUUUGGGUCUCGGGGCAGGAAAUCUUGCCCGGCCUGAGUCACGGCGGCUCCUUCAAGGAAACGUCAGUGUUCUCCUGUCGCCCUCGCCCGCUGCGCGCCGGCCGCCGCUGCCCAUGGGGGAGAUGCAGGGCGCGCUGGCCAGGGCCCGGCUCGAGUCCCUGCUUCGGCCCCGCCACAAAAAGAGGGCCGAGGCGCAGAAACGCAGCGAGUCCUUCCUGCUGACCGGCCUGGCUUUCAUGAAACAGAGGAGGAUGGGCCUGAACGACUUUAUUCAGAAGAUUGCCAAUAACUCCUACGCAUGCAAACACCCUGAAGUUCAGUCCAUUUUGAAAAUCUCCCAACCUCAGGAGCCUGAGCUUAUGAAUGCCAACCCUUCUCCUCCACCAAGUCCCUCUCAGCAAAUCAACCUUGGCCCGUCAUCCAAUCCUCAUGCGAAACCAUCUGACUUUCACUUCUUGAAAGUGAUUGGCAAAGGCAGUUUUGGAAAGGUUCUUCUAGCAAGACACAAAGCAGAAGAAGCAUUCUAUGCAGUCAAAGUUUUACAGAAGAAAGCGAUUCUGAAAAAGAAGGAGGAAAAGCAUAUUAUGUCGGAACGGAAUGUUCUACUGAAGAAUGUAAAACACCCUUUCCUGGUGGGCCUUCACUUCUCAUUCCAGACCGCUGACAAAUUGUACUUUGUCCUCGACUAUAUUAAUGGUGGAGAGUUGUUUUACCAUCUUCAGAGGGAACGUUGCUUCCUGGAACCACGGGCUCGUUUCUACGCUGCUGAAAUAGCCAGUGCCUUGGGUUACCUGCACUCUCUGAACAUCGUUUAUAGAGACUUAAAACCAGAGAAUAUUUUGCUGGAUUCACAGGGACACAUUGUCCUUACUGACUUUGGGCUCUGCAAGGAGAACAUCGAACACAAUGGCACAACAUCCACCUUCUGUGGCACACCCGAGUAUCUUGCACCUGAGGUGCUCCAUAAGCAGCCUUACGACAGGACCGUGGACUGGUGGUGCCUGGGGGCCGUCUUAUAUGAGAUGCUGUAUGGCCUGCCUCCUUUUUAUAGCCGAAACACAGCUGAGAUGUACGACAACAUUCUGAACAAGCCCCUCCAGCUGAAGCCCAACAUUACCAAUUCUGCCAGACACCUUCUGGAGGGCCUCCUGCAGAAGGACAGGACCAAGAGGCUGGGCGCCCAGGACGACUUUAUGGAGAUUAAGAAUCACGUCUUCUUCUCCCUAAUUAACUGGGACGAUCUCAUUAAUAAGAAGAUUACUCCCCCUUUUAACCCAAAUGUGAGUGGACCUAGUGACCUGAGGCACUUUGAUCCCGAAUUUACCGAAGAGCCGGUCCCCAGCUCCAUUGGCAGGUCCCCUGACAGCAUCCUGCUCACAGCCAGCGUCAAGGAAGCGGCCGAGGCCUUCCUAGGCUUUUCCUACGCACCCCCUGUGGACUCUUUCCUCUGAACGGUCCCAGGGAUGGUCGUGAAGGAUUCGUGUGUGUGUGUGUGUGUGUGUGUGUGCGUGUGUUAAGUGUUCUAGUUAGCCUUCUGGCGGGGCCGCCAGCUGACAGGACGUCUUAAAAGAGAAUUUGCACAUCUCUGGAAGCUUGCACGUCUUGGCAAUCUCAUUGCACACUGUUCGCCGGAAGCUUUUCGAAGAGCACAUCCUCCUCUCAGUGAGCUCAUGAGGUUUUCAUUUUUAUUCUUCCUUCCAACAUGGUGCUAUCUCUGCAGUGAGCGUUCGCGUGCCGCCGUAGACAGAGGCAGUAGUCUUAUUAGGACGACGCAGCUCUAAGGAGGGUUUUCUGAGGGUCUGACUGGGCUGUGAUGUCGAAUCUGAUGAAAUGUGCCUUUUCUGAUGAGAUCGUGUUAGCUCCAAAGCUUUUCCUGUUGCAGAGUGUUUCAGUUCUUUUUCUUUUUUUUUUUUCCCCUCCCCUUGUGGAUUUACUGUGUGAACAGUGGUAUGAAUGUGGUAUGCUUGAUCACAGAUGGAUUUCGUUAUAAGCAUCAAUGUGACACUUGCAGGAUACUACAACGUGGGACAUUGUUUGUUUCUUCCAUAUUUGGAAGAUAAAUUUAUGUGUAGACCGUUUUUUUCUUCUGUAAGAUACAGCUAAUAACUAAAAUUUAUUGAAAAUGGUCUUGCAAUGACUUGUAUCCAGAUGCUUAAAGAAAGCAUUGCUGCUACAAAUAUUUCUAUUUUUAGAAAGGGUUUUUAUGGACCAAUGCCCCAGUUGUCGGUCAAAGCCUGGUAUUUUCAUUGUUUAAAAUGUCACCUGUAAAAUGGGCAUUAUUUAUGUUCCUCUUUUUUUUUUUUUUGCAUUCCUGAUAACUGUAUGUAUUGUAUAAAGACAGUCUGUACAUUGGGUUAUAACACUAGUAUAUUUAAACUUACAGGCUUAUUUGUAAUGUAAACCACCAUUUUAAUGUACUGUAAUUAACAUGGUUAUAAUAUGUACAAUUCUUCCCCCCCCCCCCACCACACAACUUUUUUUUGUGUGCGAUAAACCAACUUUGGUUUGCAAUAAAACCUUGAAAAAUAUUUACAUAAA